AUGAUGAUUCUCUCAUCUGUUGAGGCUAAUACCCUUGAUGAGAUCAUCCGCUCCAAACAGAGGCUCAUCGUUUCCUGGAAACUGGAGUUCAAAUUGGCCAUUAUCGUUGAAAUUACUCAUCAAAGGGGGACACACGACGAUCUCCCCGUGAUGUUACGGCCGCCUGCUUACUCGUUACCGUUUCCGAUGCCGAUUCCUAAUACGAGUUACCGUGAUCGGGCUCGAAUAGCGAGAGAGCGCGUUUAUCGUCCGAAGUUACACCGUACGCUGCACCGAUCAUUCGGUAUCACAUCCCGGAUCGUUGGACGAAAUCACGAUCACAAAAAUGGAUCAGCAGAGCGAACGAGGAAGGCAGUACCUGGCCAAUCUUCGACUACGCAAAAGGUUCCUUGGACCUUUCCCAGUGCUGAUGUUGACAUCACAUCUACCGUAACUACAACUGCACAACCGCUGCCAACGACUUGGACAAGGCCGCCCUCAAAACAAGAGCCCACCUAUCUAUCCGAUGCUCUCGGAUCGCAGUCACAUGCCAUCGGUGAAGCCAUCGCCAAGAUCAAGGACUAUAUCAAAGGAUACAAAAAGGUCAAAUCGACUAUGAAAAAGGAGUUGUCCAAGUCAAAACCUCGAAGACUACUAUAUGCAACGCCUUUUUUGCAUGCACAGAAGAACUUGGAAAAUGUGGACGAAAAAGAACAACUCCAGACGGACUCUUCGAACGAUAAGUCAAUAAGCCCACCUGAACCGAUGAAGAACAAGCAGAAAAUGGUCAGAGGCAGAAUCAUAAUAACAAUCUANUCGCAAUCACAUGCUAUCGGUGAAGCCAUCGCCAAGAUCAAGGACUACAUCAAAGGGUACAAAAAGGUCAAAUCGACUAUGAAAAAGGAGUUGUCCAAGUCAAAACCUCGAAGACUACUAUAUGCAACGCCUUUUUUGCAUGCACAGAAGAACUUGGAAAAUGUGGACGAAAAAGAACAACUCCAGACGGACUCUUCGAACGAUAAGUCAAUAAGCCCACCUGAACCGAUGAAGAACAAGCAGAAAAUGGAAGGUACAAGUCAUGCAAAUCCGAUGGAGUUCAUAGAAAACCUCGGCAACAAGAUUGAAGAUGAAGAAGCCGAACGACAAAUGGCUGAUGGCGAAAAUCCAUUGAAAUACAUGGUCAAGGAUGGCAUCCUCUACAAAAAGAAUAAGAUUCCUGUGGCUAGGAUAGGCUUUGCCAAAUCGGAAGCGUAUCGACCUUCACCUAACAAUCUUUCCAAACUGGUCCGAUCGGUCAAGGCACAAACGAUGGUGGAGUCCUCACCAGUCAUAUCAGAGCAGGCUAUCUGGCCAACGGCAAGUGGUCUAUCGACAAUGACAAAACUGCAAGAUGGCUUCAAACCUCCUACUCCUCUAGCACCACCAACAGUGAAAUUUCCAAGAAGUUCGUUACUCGAAUUGGAGAAAUGGAAUGAAGAUAGUGAUGGAAGUGCUUCUAUUCUUUCUCGAACUACGGCUACUGGAAAUCUUCUGGAGGAGGCUGAGGACGAGCUCGAAUUUUCAAAUGAUCUGAUUAGUGAACAGCGUGACCCGCCUCCGUAUCCAUUCAGUCACUGCUACAUGAACGUCGACGGAUUCAUGUGCUGCAACAGGUUCCUGGAAUCUUUGAUGCGCAAGAGUUACCGCAAGCUUCGAUCGGGACAUCACUUUCACGACUGCAGCGUCCAGAAGAUCGCAAACCGAAUACAGAGCGACUCAGAACUUGUGUUCAACACUACUUUUGAAACCGUAGUCGGGAUCGACGAUUUUGCUAUCCGAGCACAUUUUGCUGGCGACUUGAUGUGUAAGAUUCAAGAAGGCGGACGAUUUAUCACUAACUAUGCGACCACGAUGCCGCAACGAGCCGGUGUACGACCCGAUCCGCUUACUGUUGUGACGAGUAUGGAGAUCAACACGCGGAACGAAAAUCAGACGGAGCAGAACAUUACAGAUGACUUUCCGACUCCGAAGCAACUGGAUGGUGCCAUUCUUCACGUACAAGCUCCUGAUCAGCCCCGUCCACGAAUAAACAAGGAAGACAUACCCUUUCAUGAGAAGUCUCGAGAAGAUAUCGAAAACGAUAAUCUAAUUAGCAGAACGUAA